AUGAGCGGCCAAAACGGUUAUGGUAACGGGUAUGGCUACUCCGGUUCCGGCCGGUACGACGGCAACGAUGGGGGAUACGGUGGAAACGGCAACCCUGGGGUAAACGGAUACGGUGGACGAGGUGCCGCACCACCAGGCGGAGGCGCACGUUCAGAUCGUCGCCCCGGCGGAUACGGAGGUUUCUACCCUGAUGCACCUCAGCCACCGGCGCUAUCGCCAGGCCAAUCUCCUGCGCCGAGCCAGUCGCCCGAGCGGCGGCGUGAUCGAACGAACCGGGACCGGCAGCAGCCCUCUCCGCAACCCGCGUCGCAUCCCUCGUCGCAAGGCUCUUCGCAUCCCUCUUCACGGUCACGCACAAGAAACCAAGAAUCUGACAGGAAGCACCAGGAAGAACGGUCUAGAGAUGCAAGUCGGUACGCGGACAACAGGGGCCAAAGAGACCAAAGAGACCCGAGAGGCCAAAGGGAUCACAGAGACCAGAGAGAACAAAGGGAACUGAGGGACCAAAGGGAACACAAGAGCCAGAGGAAUGCGGACCCCGUGGUUAACAUGAGCAAUGACUCGGGGGAACCCCAGGCCAUUGAAACGAUUCUCCAGUCUAUCCAGCGCGACUGGGAUUUCAUGACUGAUGCCGAGUGUAUCCCGGUACAUGUUGCUUUGAGUUUGAUGGACACGAGUACGUUGGGCAAAGCAGAUCGUGAACCGGAAUUUUUGCACAUGUACAAUGACAUCCAGAAGACAUUGAAGGCAAUUGUCAAUGAACACCACCAGGGAUUCAACAGCUCUAUUGGAACAUAUCACAAAAUCCAAUCCAAUAUAUCUUCCUCGCAAGCUCGAGUGCGCAGCCUGAGACAUGCCCUCGACCAGGCCAAAACCGGGUUAAUAUCGACCAAGCCCGAGUUGAAAGGGCUGGCAACGUCUUCUCAGAACUACGACGAUAUAGUACAGCUGUUCACUCAGAUUGAGGAAAUUCAGUCCCUUCCUGAGAGAUUGGAAUCUCAGAUUUCAGAUAAGCGUUUCCUUGCAGCUGUGGACGUGCUUCACACUGGUCUCCGAGUUCUACGACGUUCGGAACUGGAGGAUAUUGGAGCUUUAUCCGAUAUUCGCGCUUAUUUCGUAAACCAGGAAACCUCGCUCACCGACAUCCUGAUCGAGGAGUUGCACGACCAUUUGUACCUUAAAUCACCCUAUUGCUCAGAUCGAUGGAAAGCACCCACAUCUGAUGAAAAAGAUGUGCAUACAUCUAAUUUGGCCGGUAGUCGCUCUUGGGAACGGCCUGUGUAUAGUUUCCUGGCCAAGUUCGAUCCCUUGACGCCUAUGGUCGAAGACGCCUCCCGGAACCCGGAGGCAGACACGUUUUCCUACAUCCAGUUAUUGAUCGAAGCGCUGAACAAGAUGGGUCAUCUUGACGUCGCAGUUCAUAGAAUUGAGCAACGCCUUCCGGUCGAACUGUUUGCUGUGGUGGAUAAGACGAACGCAGAGGUUGAUACUCGCUAUCCUGCGCCAACCAAGAGCUUCUCAGCCCAGGACAACUACAAACAGUCCAGUCUCCCCACCGAGGUUAUUGAACAACGGGGCCACGUGCUUUCUGAGUUUUUGUGGGCACUAUAUGCCAAGUUCGAGGCAAUUGCGGAAGGCCACCGAAUUCUUCACGAUGUUGUUGCCGCCAUUGUGGAACGAGAAGGUCUAGUCAAAAGCGAGACGCUUUCUGGUGGAUUCAAGGAGUUGUGGAAACUUCUACAAAGCGAGAUACGAUCACUCAUGCACGACUAUCUUGCAACCGAUGGGGACUCUUCUGUUCGAUCUAGAGCAGAGGAGAAUGACUCUCGACGUCAUCUAUACACAGGCAACCGCGAUAAGAAUAAGAAAAUGUUCAAGUUGUCCGAUAUUGAGCAAAAUUCUGAGAUGAAAGCUGAACAAGACGAAUUGGAUGAAAUCCUCAAGUCGUCAGUGCCAGGACUUGUUUCUAAGUCCAGGCAAAAGGCCGCAACAAGUGACACUACGCAAUCUAAUAAGGGCAACUCCGGGACUGGGCAUAAGAUUUUGCUCGAGCCAAGUGUCUUCAAUAUGGGAAUCCUUCUUCCUCCCUCCCUAUCGUUCAUCCAGCGGCUUAAGGAUAUCGUUCCUGUUGAUUCGGAUAUUUCCAUGGGCAGUUUGACCUCCUUUUUGGAUGACUUCAUGGUCAAUGUCUUCCUGCCGCAGUUGGAUGAAACAGUGACGGAUCUCUGCACGCUCAGCUUCAUCGCCGCAGAUGCGUUUACAGAAGACCCCCACUGGGCUAAGUCCUCUCCUCGGCCUAUUUUCAAGGGAACGGUCAAAUUUAUGUCCAUUGUUCGCGAGUUUAGCAAGAUGCUGUCGAGUAUCCCACAUGACCAAGCAUUCACGCAGCUUCUUAUUGAUCAGAUCGUGACCUAUUAUGACAAGUGCUGUGGGUGGUACAAAGCAAUGGUUACGAAAGUCUCCGCACGGAACCGUGGAGGCGAAGUCCAACUGAAAGCUGCGGCUUCCUUUGCUGAUUCGGGCGAUAUCCAUGAUGUUGUGGGUGAACUGUGGAAAGGCGCCAGGGACAAGAAACAGACCCUGAUUGAUACGGAAAUCGACCUUCUUCUCAAGCGAACAGGGGAAGUGCCUUUGCAGCCUUACGACAUCAUAUCUGACCCGAAAACUGUCAUUUCUCUUUCGCUCUUGUACAACAGCAUGCAAUGGCUUGCAAGUCACCUCGCGAGAAUCCGACUUGUGGUUGAACAUACCGCGGAUGCCGAGUCAUCCAGUUUGACUGCAACUGGCCGGCCAUCUCGGAGAUGGACUUUGUUCGGGUCCAUGAAGACCAAUCGCGAUAGCAUCAAUAACCCGGUGCAUUUGCCACUUAACCACGAGACUGCAGUGGUCUUUGAUGGGACGCUCCAAUCACUUCACCGGCUUGGGGAUACUGCAAUUAUGACGAUGCAUGUUGACAUCCGCUGUGGCAUCAUCCACAUGUUGACUAAAACAAUGUCCGGACCGAAUCCUCCUAACUUGCGGAACUCUGAGCCUUUUACUCCAUCCCCAAACACAACGGACAACUGGUGGCACAUUAUCAUGAAUCAACCAACCGCUGCAUCACCCACAAUUCUCUCACUCAACAAUGAUCUCAUCGCAUUCGACACCAAUAUCUCGACAUAUCUGGGAUCUGUUGAGCGCUGGUUUAUCACGUCGGGCCUGGCACGGUUCAUCGAUCGAGUCUUUGUCACCUGCACCCAGUAUAUCGGGGCCAUGAAUGAGAAUGGAGCGCUGCGCCUCCAGCUUGAUGUGCUUGUUCUCCAACAGAACUUGAAGAACAUCAUCGUCGAUCCAACUGGUGAUUCGUCGGAUUCGGCUACAAAUCUACACGCGCAGGCUUCUCAAGAAAUUGUUGCUCUACCCCGCAGCGCAAAGUUUCUGGACUGGUUCCUAGAAGGCGCAGAGAAGGCCCUGGACUAUGCUAAGGAAGAGAAGGAGGCUUUUGCGUCACAAGGCGACAAAGCCUUGGCUGCUGGAAACGGCGAGCCAUUUACCUACGAGGAGCUGCGUGUUCUCGUAGACUUGUGCUUCUCUGAAAUCCUCCGUGGUCCACGCGGGGCGGAGAACCGAGAGGACUUUAUGUCGGCGAAAAAGGCCAGUGCGGAUGCGCUACUAAGGCUGAACGAGAUUAUGUGGGAUGCUCGCACAAUGGGUCAAGCACCCUUUUCGGCUGCUCCGGAUCAUUCACACUGGCCAACGAUCCACGCCGUGUUUCACCUUUUGAGUGCAAACCCUUCGUUAUUUACUUCGAUCUACAUAUACGCAAUGAAGUAUCUUCGCCUAGUCUCCGUGGCCGCUCUUGUUAGCGCUGCUACCGUGUCCGCUGGCCCAUUAGGUGCCCGCGAACAUGACGGAUACUGCCCGAAGGGCUACACUAUGAGCGUCUACUACAAGACAGUCACUGUGGAAACCUACCCAUCCGCAACCUCUGCGGAAUCUACGAUCACCCCGUCGUCCACUCCAGUUACUGUCGAGUCUCAACCCUCCGCUGAGCCCACAGAGGCCUCAUCCUCUACUGCCAUUACCGUGGAGUCUACGACUCCCGUGGCAGUUGUCCAAGUCGAGGCUACGACCUCUUCAGCCUCUGCUGCCCAGACCGAAGCCCCCAAGACCGAUCCAGUUGUGGCUAUUCUGCCCACUGCCUCAGUUGAGACUGCCGCCGUCAUCGAAACCAUUCCUGCCCCAGCGGUCAAGACCCCCGUCGCGCAGACCUACACCACUCAAGCUCCCCUAGAAGUCGCCAGCACUUCUACCAAAUCUUCUACUUCCUCCUCUUCCACCAAAUCCGCAUCCACCGGCUCCUCCAACGGAACUCCCGGCAAAGCCACCUUCUACGGCGGCAAUGUCGGCGGCGGAACGUGCUCGUUCUCCGGCUACACCCUCCCGAGCCACCUCUUCGGCACGGCCCUCUCCCUCCAGCGAUGGGACGAUGCCGCAAACUGCGGUGCCUGUGUAUCCGUCACCGGACCGAAGGGUAACUCCAUCAAAGCAAUGAUCGUCGACCAAUGCCCCGAAUGCGAAAGCAACCACCUCGACCUCUUCCAAGGUGCCUUCGCCGAGCUCUCAGAUAUCUCCGCCGGCAUAAUCCAAACCACCUGGUCGUACGUACCAUGCGACCUGGACGGACCACUGAAGCUCAAGAACAAGGAGGGCACAUCUGCGUACUGGUUCUCGAUGCAGGUUGUUAAUGCCAACGAGGCUGUGACUGCGUUGGAGGUUAGUACUGACGGCGGUAAUUCGUGGCAGAGUACGACCCGCACUUACUAUAACUACUUCGAGAACACUUCUGGGUUCGGGACUAGUACUGUCGAUGUGCGGAUUACCGGUGCUAGUGGGAGCACUGUUGUUGUUAAGGAUGUUGGAGUUUCCUCUGGACGUGAAGUCACUGCUGGGUCGAACUUGUAA